AUGGGUCUCUGUCCACCCCCACACUCCCACACCCAGAACCCCAACACGCAGAACGAGGCGGGGAGAGUGCCAUCCCAGUGCCAUGUGGGAGAGCCAGGGAAAAGGGAGAGAAAAGUCUCCGCCUGCAUGGGCUGCGGCGCCGUCAUCAACGACCAGUACAUCCUGCGCGUGGCCCCGGACAUGGAGUGGCACGCUGCCUGCCUCAAGUGCGUCGAGUGCCAGCAGUUUCUUGACGAGACCUGCACUUGCUUCGUGAGAGACGGCAAGACCUAUUGCAAGGGGGACUAUGUCAGAUUAUUUGGUGCAAAAUGUGAUAAGUGCGGGAGUGUGUUCACGAGAACGGACAUGGUAAUGCGAGCGAGAUCGAAAAUAUUCCAUCUGGAUUGUUUUAGAUGCAGGUGUUGCGGAAAACAGCUGUUGCCCGGAGACGAGUUCGCCCUCAGAGAUGACGGUCUCUUCUGCCGCUUCGACUUCGACGCCAUCAAGGAGGAGACACGAGACCACGAAAUGACGGACGAUAAUCACAACACGGAUCCCACGUGCCCGGUGCAGUUAGCGGGAAGGGAGAAGGAGAGGGGAAGGAGUGAUUCGCGCCGAUGAAGAGUCCACAAGAGCGAGGGAAAGCCCACCCGGAUUCGAACGGUGUUGACAGAGAAACAGCUACAUACGCUGAGAACGUGCUACGCCGCCAACCCACGCCCGGACGCCCUCAUGAAGGAGCAGCUGGUGGAGAUGACGGGCCUUUCUCCUCGCGUGGUCAGGGUUUGGUUCCAGAACAAGCGGUGCAAGGACAAGAAGAGAGCGCAGUUCCUGAAGCAGGCGGCGCUGCAGCAGGAGAAGAGCGGGCGCUUUGGGGCAUAUGGCGCCAUGCAGGGCAUCCCUCUGGUUGCCUCCCCGCCCGUGCAUGCAGAAGCGGGGCCCACGCCCUUGGACGUGACAGCCUACCAACCGCCCUGGAAGUCCCUCACUGAAUUCGCUCUCGCCCACGACCUGGAGAGACUCGACCCGUCACACCCUCAGUACCAGCAUAUGAUACAACAGAUGCACGGCUACAGCGUCGAGCAAGACCACGCCCUUGCACACCACCAACUCCCGCAGUACAUGGAAGAAGGGGGUCCGCCCAUGGGACACCCUUACUCGCACCCUUCCUCCAACCCUUCGGCACAAUUCCCCGGCACGCCCUCGGAGCUCUCCUCGACGUCCAGCGACUAG